AUGGGGACCUACUCCGAGGAGCCAUCUGCGAAGACGCAUAUCGGCUCGUCUCGACACUCAUCUUCGACACAAGUCUCACAAACACAUGAUCAAGUCGAAGCACUAGCCCGCCGUGUCACGGCUCAGUCGGCCAGGCUCGACCAUGAAACAGAUAACAGCGCCCUCAACCCUGUCAAGGGUAGCAAUUUGGAUCCAUUCUCAGCGGACUUUGACAGAGCCCUCUGGACCCAGGCCUACAUACGCGAAUUCGAGGCCGACCCUGACACGGCGCCCCCACGCAAGGCCGGCGUGGCGUUCCGCAACCUGGGCGUCUUUGGCCACACCUCGGGCGACCAGUACCAGCAGAGCACCGGUAACAUCCUUCUCAGCUUGACCUCGACUCUUGCCGGGAAGGUCACUGGUCGUGCCGCUACUCGUGUAGACAUCUUACAAGGCUUUGACGGCAUCGUUGAUCCCAAGGAAAUGCUACUUUGUUCUAGGGCCCCCCGGCUCAGGAUGCUCGACCUUUCUCAAAACCUUGAAUCAUACAUCAACUUUACAGGCAUCGACCCAACCCACAUGCACAACUGGUUCCGGGGCGAUGUGCUCUACAACGCCGAGGUUGACGUCCACCUCGCGCCCCUCUCCGUCGGCGACACUCUCGAAUUCGCAGCGCGUGCUCGCGUUCCUGCCAAGAUCCCCGGUGGCUUCAGCAAGAAUGAGUACGCCCGUAUCAUGCGCGACGUCAUCAUGGCCACUUUUGGCAUUUCCCACACCAUUGACACAAAGGUCGGCGACGACAUCGUUCGAGGUGUUUCUGGAGGCGAGCGCAAGCGCGUCAGCAUCGCAGAGGCAUCCCUCACAGGCGCCAAGUUUCAAUGCUGGGACAACAGCACCCGUGGCUUGGACAGCGGCAAUGCCAUCUCCUUCUGCAAGACCCUGCGCGUUCAGGCAGACAUUAUGAAUGUGGCUGCUGUCGUUGCCAUCUAUCAGGCGCCCCAGGCGGCCUACGAGACCUUUGAUAAAGUCACCGUGCUGUACGAGGGCCGUCAGAUCUACUUUGGCCGUACUGAAAAGGCGAAACACUACUUUGAGCAACUGGGCUUCGAAUGCCCUGACAGGCAGACCACCGCCGAUUUCCUGACAUCCAUGACGUCGCCACAAGAACGUCGCAUCAGGGCGGGAUGCGAGCAAAUGGUCCCAAACACUCCUGACGAGUUCGCCGCCAGGUGGCGUGAUUCGCAGGAACGUGCCGCUCUCAUUACUGAGCUCGACCAAUACGAUGCCGCACAUCCUCAACAGCAGCGUAUGGAUGAGUUUACGCUCAGCCGAAAGGUCGAGCGCAGUUCAGCGCAACGGCUUAAAUCGCCCUACACGAUCCCAUAUUUCGACCAGGUCAGGCUCUGUAUCUGGCGUGGAUGGAAGCGCCUGAUUGCGGGAUCCCCGGAUUCACUGUGGCACAGCUUUAGCUUUCAAACUUGA